AUCUUCAAUAUGCCGUAGUUAACGCAAAAUGACCAUUCUUAGUGCUCUGCUUGUUAUUUCCAACCUACUAUUUUUCUUCUUUCAUAUUUCCUAUGCAGUUGAUACCAUUACCCAGUUCAAGUCACUUCCUGAUGAUGGCAGCACCUUGGUUUCUAAGGAUGGAACCUUUGAGUUGGGGUUCUUCAAUCCUGGUAGAUCCUCAAACCGCUAUGUUGGAAUAUGGUACAAAAAUAUCCCAUAUACAUCUGUUGUUUGGGUUGCCAACCGUGAUAACCCCAUCAGUUACAACUCCAGCAGCAGGUUGAUCAUAAGCAAAGAGGGAAACCUUGUGCUUCUAAGCCAGAAUCAGACUCUUCUUUGGUCAACAUACUCUACAAAAAAGGCUUCACAUCCCAUUGUGCAACUCUUGGAUACUGGAAAUUUGGUACUUGUAGAUGAGAAGGGCAACAACAAUGAAACAAGUUUUUUAUGGCAGAGCUUCGAGCAUCCUUGUGAUAAAUUGUUACCAGGACAGAAGAUUGGAUGGGACCUAAAAACCGGUCUUGAUCGGCGCCUUACUGCUUGGAAAAAUUCGGAUGACCCCUCUUCAGGAAACGAGACUUUAUCUAUUGUCAAUCCUAGCAACCCGGAAAUGGUAAUAUGGAGUGGCUCGGAUAUGUUGUACAGGAGUGGCCCCUGGAAUGGCUUUGGUUUCAGUGAAACAGUAGGAUUGAAUUCUGAUCCUCUUUUCGUUCACAAAUUUGUGAACAAUGAACAUGAAGCGUAUUACACAUACACCCUCAAGAAUAGUUCUGUGCUUUCUGUGAUUGUUUUGAACCUUAAUGGUCGUCAACGCCUAAUAUGGUCUCCGGAGCGCAGAAGUUGGAUUCUUUACCAAACCUGGCCACAAGACCAAUGUGAUGCAUAUAAUUUUUGUGGCGCAUAUAGACAAUGUAUGGUUGAUAUAAAUUCAGAGUGCGAAUGUUUAGAAGGAUUCAUGCUGAACUCAUCCCAAAGCCAUAAUCCAGGACAGGGAUGUGUGCGCAGUGAACAGUGGAUCUGCGGGGUCAAAAAUAGAGAUGGUUUUCGAAGAUUUACAGGGAUCAAAUUGCCAGAUACUACAAAUUCUUGGGUUAAUGAAAGUAUGACACUAGAAGAUUGCAAGGCCAAAUGCUUGGAAAACUGUUCCUGCACAGCUUAUGCAAACACUGACGUAAGGGGUGUUGGUAGUGGUUGUUCCAUCUGGUUUGGUGAUCUUCUUAAUUUGAGAGUUUCACAAGGUGGGCCAGAUCUAUAUGUUCGAAUGGCCGUUUCAGAUAUAGACGCGAAACAUGGGCGUUACAAAAAGACAGUCUUGGUGGUUACCAUCACAGUUUCAUUGGUCCUUGUGAUGCUAUUAUCUUUCUCCUACAUUUACGUUACCAAAACAAAGCAUAAAGAAGAGAAAGAUGAAGGCGAACAAGAAGAUUUGGAGCUUCCUUUAUUUAAUCUUGCCACGAUAGUUCACGCUACCAAUAACUUCUCAACUGACAACAAGCUCGGGCAAGGUGGUUUUGGGCCAGUAUACAAGGGGACAUUGCUGGACGGACAAGAAAUUGCAGUCAAAAGGCUCUCAAGGAGUUCUGGACAAGGAUUGAAAGAAUUUAAGAAUGAAGUUAUAUUGUGUGCCAAACUUCAGCACCGAAAUCUUGUUAAGGUUCUUGGUUUUUGCAUUGAUGGAGAGGAGAAAAUGCUACUCUAUGAAUACAUGCCCAAUAAAAGCCUCGAUUCAUUUCUAUUUGAUUCAGUUCAAUGUAAGCUUUUAGAUUGGACUAAGCGCUUGAACAUCUUGUGUUCAAUUGCUCGGGGGCUUCUUUAUCUUCAUCAAGAUUCUAGAUUAAGGAUCAUACACAGAGAUCUAAAAGCAAGUAAUAUUUUAUUAGACAAAGAUAUGAAUCCAAAAAUUUCAGAUUUUGGCAUGGCCAGAAUGUGUGGAGGUGAUCAAAUCGAAGGGAAUACAAACACAAUAGUUGGGACAUACGGUUAUAUGGCACCUGAAUAUGCCAAUGGUGGACUAUUCUCCAUAAAAUCUGAUGUAUUCAGCUUUGGAGUAUUAUUGCUAGAAAUUGUAAGCGGAAAGAAAAGCAGAGCACUCGCCUACUAUGACCACGAUUAUAAUCUUAUUGGGCACGCAUGGAGAUUAUGGAAGGAGGGCAUUCCAGAACAAUUGAUUGAUGCUUGUUUGGGAGAUUCAUGUAUUUUAUCUGAAGCUUUACGCUGCAUUCAAAUCGGUCUUUUAUGUAUGCAGCAUCAUCCUGACGAUAGGCCAAACAUGACAUCUGUGGUUGUGAUGCUGAGCAGCGAAAUUGCUUUAGCUCAACCAAAGGAACCUGGUUUCUUAAUUAGAAAGCCCUCAAUUAAAGGAGAUCAUUCUCCAAGAAGACAAGUGUCUUCUUCACUCAAUGAAGUAACUAUCUCAGUAUUAAAUGCAAGAUAGAGA